GACGCAGCGGCAGCAGCAAGUGUCAGGUGUCUCAAAAAGAGUGACUCGACGGAAGUUCGCACAGGUAAGACAGAACUCAAAGCAAGGACGUGAAAACAUCAUUAAAUCUAGGUAUUCAGAUAACUGCCAGAGAUGGAAAGUGGUCCAUUCAAUCGACGGUCUUGGGCGACACAGUCCGUGCGUGUCACUGCGAAGGAGCUGUCACUGAGUGGCCGAGGUAGAAACAAUGCCAUUGCUGAACGCUUCUCCAAGUACCAGAGAGCUGCUGAGGAGUCAAGUGCAGAGAAGAAAAAAGGAGCUUCUGAGAGUGCGGCACCCUCUCUGCGGUCAGCCAACCUGAGUGCUCUGAAGAAGCGCUGGGAGCAGGCAGGGAACCUUCAUCAGGACAAGCCUUCUUCCGUGCCACCUCCUAGCCAGUCCAGCUCGCGCUGCAGGCCUCCUGCUCUGUCCAGGACUGCUUCUAUCACUGAGCACUGUCCUCCAUUAAAGAGCCCCGGCCUGCUAACUGCUCAGGGAGGUCAACUUGCAGCCAGUUCUGUCCUGAAGUCCUCAGCAGCUCCAGAAGCAUCAAAAGGUGACGAACAGAGAGGGAUGGACAGGGAUGAGCUGACGCACAGUGAAAGACCUGAAAAGCUUGACGAGCAAGUUCCAACCAGCCCGUGUGCCUCUUAUGAAAAAGCCCGAGUGCCACUGAACAACCUGAAGAUGAAGUUUGAGAGGGGAGAUGACACCAUGAGCAAGGGUGGCAGGACAACACAACGCAGCAUUUCAUCAGAGGACAUGGACCAACAUGGCGGCCUGUCUGUGUCCGACAGAGUGUUGGAGUCGACAUCCUUGAAGGAGAAGAUGGCCAAGUUCCAGGCUGUUGUUUCUAAACAAAGCACCACUCGCUCUGGUCUGGCCACAGAGGUGCCUGCUCCAAAAACAUCUGCACCAGUAAAUCAGAAACACGUUCCUGCACCUGAGUGCAAUGGGGAGAGCAGCGAGCAAUCCAAAGCAUCUAGGAAGUUCUGCCCACCGGUGAAGGAGACGUGCAACACUUGUCUAAAGACAGUGUACCCGCUAGAGAGACUGGUGGCUCUUCAGCAUGUCUAUCACAAGAGUUGCUUCCGCUGUGUUCACUGCAGCACAAAGCUCAGUCUUGGGAGCUAUGCCUCUCUGCAUGGUAACGUCUACUGCAAGCCCCAUUUCAACCAGCUGUUUAAAGCUAAAGGCAACUAUGAUGAGGGCUUUGGCCAUCGGCCUCACAAGGAGCUUUGGGAGCCUCGAGCUGAUGGAGAUGAAGGUGAGGAAGCAGUGAAACCAAAAGGACAAGAGGGACCAGCAGUGGUGACGCGUCCAGCUGAGAGUAUCGCAGACAACCAGCCAACCCCACCUGCAGAAACAUCCCCACAGGUUAAGGUUACAGACCUGACGGCUGUACUUGAGACACGUGUGCAGACACAUGCCAUCUCUGGAGAGACACUCCGAUCUACGGAGAGGCCAGCUGAGAAACGCAGGCUGAGGAUUGCCUGGCCUCCCCCAGCUGGUGAGGGGCACCCUGGGACAACAGCACUUAGUCCAGUCACGGAGGGAGGUGCUUCAGGCCGACCCUGGAGAGCCAAGUGGCCCCCAGAGGGAGAGGUGCCAUCAUCCUUCCAGAGCUCAGAUCGGGCUGAACUGAAGAGCCUGAGGAGGAGCUCUUCUCUAAAGGAGCGCAGUCGGCCUUUUACAAUCGCAGCCAAACCCAGCCCGGCAACCAGUCUGGGACCCAAGGAACCUCGCCGCCCUCUCAAAUCCCUGCAGCAAUGGAGAGCAUCAUUCGAGGAACAAAAUUCAUCUGAAGAACCACCCAAAGAAAACAAGCCAGAGCUUCAGCAGGUGAAACAGGAAAAGAAAGAGCAGACAAUGCCUCAGAUACCAAGUGAAGUUACAGCAAGUGCAAGUGAGACCAUCUCAGAGAAGGACGUGGAGACGCCGCCCGAGCGACAAGAAGACAGAGACGAACAAGCACAGAGAGGAAAUGCAGCAGCAGACAAGAUGGCAGUAGAAGAGGGCUCUCUUAGAAGCAUCUCCCCGGAUAUCUCACCGUCCCCCUCUCCACCUUUACAGUCAAAACAAAACCGUGCCUCCCAGGAUGUGGGCUUCUGGGAGGAGGACAAAGAAGGAAGUGAUGCAGAGGAGCUGAGUGCAGAGGAUAUAAUCAAGAGGAACCGCUACUAUGAGGAGGAAGAGGAGGAGGAGGACUCAUAGGCACAUCUUACUGUCUUACUGUCACGUCCAUCCACAGUUUUGUUUUCUCAGUUUAUAGGUAGAUCACAAAUAUAGCUUUGCCAGUUUUUAUAGUGUCAUAGGAGAGAUGCAAAAAUGUGUAAUAGGUGUGUGUAUGUCCAUAUAUAUUGCAAUAACUGCCUUUAAUUGUUAAAGUUUGAUUUUUUACAUUUUAAUUAUAUACUUUAAAAUAUGUAAUACAGCUUUUAUAUGACUCCUGAUUAUACCAGAAGUGGGCCUCUGUUAAAUUGAAUAAUUGCAUCUCUGGACCUCAUCUUUUGAUAAUUAUAUGCGCCAUCAGUGGUGUAUUAUUUGCAGGUUGUGUGUCCAAAAACCAUUAUACUUUAUGUUGCACUAUAAGUGAUUUUUAAUGACAAGCAAAACUGUCAUUAGGUGUAAUUUUGCCCUUCCUAGAAUGCAGAAAAACCUAAAUAUCUUAUACCAAAAGGCGUACACCGUUACACCAUCAGUGUUGGUGCUCUGACAUGUCCAGCUGCCUUUGUGCCGUAUCUCCUCUCAUGGGACUUUUCUACUGCUGCUAUCAGAGGUAUUAUUAUUACUGGAAAUCCCCCUCCUGUUAAAAUACUAUAGAACAGACUAUAUGCAGUUUACUGCUUUGAGUGUUAUUGAGCCUUUACCUUCUCCCACCACCUGAGCAGUCAUAAGUAACUGCAGAUAUUUAAAUCUACAUGCAGAUGAGUCAGUAAACCUUAAUAACACUGUCCUGCAGGGGGCUCUCUGGUUUGAUAAAAAUACAACUAGAGCUAUACAGUUAAGGUAAAUUGCAAAGGGAGUAUCUUAAUCAUAGGUGUAGCUGUGUGAAGGAAUCAUCAUAUAUUAUCCGAUGGGAGUCAGAACUUCUCCACUAUGGCUCCAUCAGAAGGGUAUUGCAUUUAUUUCAACCUGGUCCCGGUCAAAAUCUGCCCCAGAACUGUUCUAACCACCAUUACCACAAUAAAAGGAGAAAAUACAAUGAAUCAAGGUUUCUGCUUAUAGCUAUCCUUUCAAUAUAAUAACACAAUAUACAGUAUAUCAUCUCUUUGGGCCUUCUGGAUUUGUGUGUAACAUUUUCAUGUGAUUCAGUUUAUAUGGUAUGUAAAACACUUUUUAAAAUUUGCCGCAGAAUAUAUGUUUGCACUGCAGAAUAUUUUGUAAUAAUUUGUAUAAUGACACAUUGUGUAUUACAGUCUUAACUGUUGUUGAAUCACAAUUAAAAUAUAUCAAUGAUGAAUUGAAGUUUGCGCAAAGCUGA